AAUUGGUUAGAACUUAGUAUUGUACAAGUUACCGGUUAAAGAGCCCGUGUGCAAUUGAAGCAGCUGAGUGGCGGUAUAUUCCGAUUUGUGUUUUUGUGUGCAUUCGAAAAUCCGUUGUUUUCUUUUACGUUAUAAAUUCAUUUUGGAAUUUAUUAUUAAAAAUCUUGUAUUUAAUAUAAUCAUCAGCAGUAAUUGCUACAUCGCAUUUAAUAUUUUUUCCACAAAAAAAGUUCAAUAUUAUGUCGCGAGUUCUAUUUAAUAUGCAAAAGUGCUACAAUCACAUCAACUAUUGCAGUAACGCGAAAAUUUUGCGAAAUUUAUCUGCUUUGGACAAAUCAGCGUUGAUAAAUGCGAGCCCAUGCCGAAAUUAUGCAACUGCGAAGCGAUUUGUUGCCGCUAAGCCGGUUGUCGAAAUGGAUGGAGACGAAAUGACCCGAAUCAUUUGGCAAUUCAUUAAGGAUAAACUGAUUUUUCCUUAUGUCAAAGUUGAAUGCUUAUACUUUGACUUGGGGCUACCACAUCGUGAUUUAACAAAUGAUCAAGUCACCAUCGACGCAUCGCAUGCCAUCUUAAAGCAUAAUGUUGGCAUCAAAUGUGCAACCAUCACACCAGACGAACAACGGGUUGAAGAAUUUAAAUUGAAAAAAAUGUGGCUGUCACCGAAUGGAACCAUUCGAAACAUCUUGGGUGGUACAGUGUUUCGUGAGCCAAUCUUAUGUAAAAAUAUUCCACGACUUGUACCAGGAUGGACGAAUCCCAUUGUUAUCGGUCGUCAUGCUCACGGUGAUCAGUACAAAGCCAUUGAUGUUGUCAUCGAUCGACCUGGAAAACUGGAAUUGGUUUUUACUGAUUCAACUGGCAAAAUAGAUAAAUACGAACUAUUUGACUACAAGGAUCGUGGUAUUGCCAUGGGAAUGUACAAUACAGAUGAAUCAAUUGCUUCAUUUGCCCAUUCGUCCUUCCAAAUGGCGUUGCUCAAAAAAUGGCCACUUUAUCUGUCCACCAAAAAUACAAUUUUGAAAAAAUACGACGGCCGCUUCAAGGACAUUUUCCAAGAAAUCUACGAACAAAAAUACCAAAGCGCCUUCGAAAAACAAAACAUUUGGUAUGAGCAUCGUUUAAUCGAUGAUAUGGUCGCUCAGUGCUUAAAAUCGUCGGGCAAAUUUAUUUGGGCAUGUAAAAAUUAUGAUGGUGAUGUACAAUCUGAUAUUGUUGCUCAAGGAUUUGGAUCGCUUGGUUUGAUGACAUCGGUAUUGGUAUGUCCAGAUGGUAAAACAAUCGAAUCAGAGGCUGCACAUGGAACUGUAACAAGACAUUAUCGUCAACAUCAAAAGGGAAAAGCAACCUCAACGAAUCCAAUUGCUUCGAUUUAUGCAUGGACACGAGGAUUGGCUCAUCGUGCCAAAUUAGAUGAUACACCCGAAUUGGAGCGAUUUGCACUUGCAUUGGAAAAGGCAUGUGUGGAUACGGUCGAAGCUGGUCUCAUGACCAAAGAUUUAGCUGGUUGCAUUCACGGACUACCAAAUGUCACCGAAUCCAUGUAUUUGAACACCGAAGAUUUUCUCGAUGCAAUCGCCGAUCAAUUGAGCCGAUCGGUAGAUGUUUAAAACUGCAUUUAUUUUUCAAUAAAAGAAAAUACAUUUUAUUUUUAA